AUGUGCAUAUUAAACAGUUUAAAGAAAUAUAAAAAGUAGAUACAAAUCCUAUAAUUUGAAGGAGGACUUAAAUUAGGGAUAAUGAAGAAUUAUACAGCAACUAAUAAAAUUUUACUGUAGUUUUUUUUUAAAUGUUUACAGUAAUGGAACUUUUCAUUUGUGGCCCUUAUUAUUUUUUUGAUGGAAUAAUUUAAGAGUACAAAAGAAUGA